AUGUCCGGUCAAAUAACGUGCUAUCUAGAUUGCGUAUCGCCAUACUCGUACUUCGCGCUACUUUACCUUGAAAAGAACAGACGAAUUCUAGCAACACACAAUGUAGAAAUCGACAUCGUUCCAGUAUUUCUUGGUGGUAUCAACGUCGGCUCGGGCAACAAGCCCCCAUGGACACUUCCCGCCAAGGCAGCCUACAGCGGCCACGACAGCUCGCGAGCAAAGCGGUACUUCGGCGCGGAAGACGUGAAGACGCCAGACUUCUUCCCCAUUUUGUCACUGUUGCCGCAGCGAGCAUUAUGCUUCGUCAAGGAGCAACACCCCCACGCUUUCAUCUCCGCCUUCCUUGACAUUUUCGAGGCAAUGUGGAAGAACGGCAAAGACGUCAGCGUACCUGAUACGCUUGCCGAGACACUCGAAUCGCGCUUCAGCUCCGAGGAAGUAAAGACGAUAUUGGCAUCGGCAAACAGUGCGCCAUUCAAGCAGCGACUGAACGACAAUACGAAAACAGCUCUCGACCGGGGCGCUUUUGGAUGUCCAUGGUUCUGGGUGCGUAAUGCGAGAGGAGUGGAGGAGCCCUUCUUUGGAAGUGACAGAUUCCAUUACAUGUGGGAGUAUCUGGGGUUACCCUGGAAGGAUGUCGAGCUUGAGCCACAGGGGGUGCCAAAAGCGAAGAUCUGA